AUGGACUCCUUCACUACCAUCCUCGGUCUCUUCGCGCCCACCGCUGAGCCUCAAGGCUCUCAGCCUGCCAACGACGUCCCCGUCGACUCUGAGACGCGCACGGCACGCAACCUGUGUAUCAUAUGUAACAUCAACCUCACUACCAACGCGACGCCAGGUCGCGAAUCACCCUCGUUCUUCACCAUCACCAAUGGCGCGCUCCGGAAUGCCGCCCCUUCUGUUCUACUCUUCAAAUUUCACCUUUUGUAUUUGAUCUGA